GCUUGGACCCUAGUCCUCAGUGUGAGAAAAUCCAGGUUAUUGACCUCUCCCCCCCCGCCAGCAGAAUGGGACCGCCCAAACAUAUCCCAGCAUUCCCGCCGAACCGCCAGAUUCAAAAUGGCGUCUCCUCGUCCAGGUUCGCGCAGGUCUCCUGGCAGAAGCACAGCGACGCCCCCUAGGGGCCGGACUCCCACUGCAGAUGAUGAUGACUCACCUAUCCCAUCAGUCAAUGAGCGGCUGGGUCACCUGAGGCCCUCUAGAGAGCUCCUGGAGUACUACAGGAAGAAGAUCGCAGAGUUUGAUGGAGAUCACGAGGAGAUGGUGAGGAAACUGGACCAGUACAAGGCAACGUACGAGGAGCAGCACAAACUGGGCUAUGAGAUGAGACAGCGGGAGGAUGAGAUCGCUGAGCUGCAGAAGGCCUUAAGUGACAUGCAGGUGUACCUGUUCCAGGAGCGUGAGCAUGUGCUGCGGCUGUACUCUGAGAACGACCGGCUGAAGAUCCGCGAGCUGGAGGACCGGAAGCGAAUCCAGCACCUACUCUCGCUCUCCGGACCGGAGAACGGCGACAUCACGUACUUCCAUCGCGAGCCGCCCGCCAAGGUCACCAUCCCGCAGCGCCGGUCACGCCAGCAACAUCCACAUGACGGUGACGAGGGCGUGGCCCUGAGACCCCCAGCAGACAGAGAAGCAGACGUGAGGAGACCCCAGCACAGACCAGCCAAGGCGAGGAAACCUGCUGACAAGCCGACAUCGCCGGAGACCGAAGCCUACCAGAGGGACAACGAGACCCUCGCGCUGCACGUGGAGGCACUGCAGGCACAGCUUGAGGAACAGACCAGACUAGCGCGGGAACAGGCGGAAGCUCUGCUGCAGGACAGGCAGGUCCGUAUCGAGGAGCAGGACGCGCAGAGACAGCGGGACGCCGACAGGAUCAAGGGGCUGACGGACAGACUACAGAAGACCCAGGACCUGCUGUACACCAGCACUAAGGACUACCUUGAGUUGAAGUACGAGGGCCGGUCCGACGAGCGGCGCUGGAUGGCGGAGAAGGAUCGGCUGCUCCGGGAGCUGGACGUGGCGAAGGAUCAGCUGAACAUUUCCCGCGAGAAAACGAUACUGGAGGUGUCUGAGGAGGGAGGGGAGGUGACGUGGCAGGCCAGAGAGCAGCACAGGAUAGAAGUGGAGACCCUGAAGCAGAGCGUGUCCCAGGCCCAGCGAUUGGCUGAGAUGUACAGGGAACAGGUGAUCCAACUGGAGGACCAGCUCUCCAAGAUCCGGGAGGAGGGAGACGUCAGCAAGGAGAUCUUCCAGGACCGUACCACUAAGAUGAGUAAGCGGGUACAGCUGAUGAACCAGCGUUACGAGGCGCUGGAGCGGAGACGUGCCAUGGAGGUCGAGGGCUUCAAGAACGACAUCAAGAUGCUGCGAGGUCGUCUUAAAGACGUGGAGAAGCAGCUGUACAGGGUUACCUUGGGGAUGGGCGAGCCGACGCCCGGCGACGAGUUUGACAUGGAGAUCCUGCACAACGUGCGGAAGACGGCGGGCCGGUCCAAAAAGAUCGUGGGGGAGAUCAAACACCUGAAGGCUAAGAUCUACGGACUGGAGAACGAUCUCAGGAAAAUGUAGAGGGGGUUAAUUUUUAUUGGGUAAAUAUAAUUGACACAAAUUGGCCCUA